AUGCUGGCGUGUCUAAGGGGGCAAGUUAAAAGACGCGCUGAAAGGUUGGUGCGUCUCACCUGGUAUUUGCUCAACUGCCUUAGAAGGACGGGCUUUUGCAUAGUCUCGCCCCUUUUCCCCCUUCUUUCUCUCUCUCUUUCCUUUCUUGCGUGUCAACUCAAGGUAAAGGAAAAGCCUGCCAAAAACCACACCUAUGCAUUGCUUACGCAUUGAAAAGUCAAGAUCAGUUUGUUACGUUCCCCCAUGAGAAUUAUCUUUUUUUUUCCCCAGUUCUUGAUCCAUGGUUGAUGCGAUCAGUCGUUUUUCCCUUCCACAUCUUAUCAAUUCCACGCCGUCGCAAUAUCGUCACUUUGUCAUUUUAACUUGAUGAUAAGUCAUUUUUCCGUUUUUCCGCGCUCACUUUCCAUCUUAUGAACUCUUUUCCAUUUUUUUCAGAAGGAUGACCGCUAUUCGUGACAAUCUUUGCGAGCUGGGAAGACUGGAAAUCCCACGUCCAAAGUGCCAAGGAAUGCAAUUCGUGGCCACUCGUGGAAAGCAAGGAUUCUAUAGAGUAGGUGUCAAUUUUCAGGUACACAGAGAAGUUUUGAGUGUUUCAGACCAUCCGCGAGAACGGAGCCAUGUACGGCAUUCAGCUCAAGCCACAGGGACCAAAGAGACCACAGUUGAGCUCGGAUCUUUUCAACCGGUCAGUGACUUUUUUGUGAUAGUGUUUUGUUACGAAAUUCUGUUGUUGUAGACCGAUGACUGUGCCGGAGGAAAACUCUGAAGAGCUCGAGGAGGCUCAGACUAGCUCGCCGGAGCUGAAGAAGGUCGAAAUGAACAAUAACAACAACUACAAGGUUUGAAUCCUAUUAGUUUUGACUGAUUUUCACGUCAUAGUCUUAUAGAUCAACUACGCUUCUCGUCCACCAAUGCCACCACCACAGCAGGCCAAGACUGCUUUUGCUCAGCAUCAGAACUAUCAAACUGCUCAGCCGAGAGUCUUCAUGCAGCCACGCUCCGGUGGCAUCACAUCGGCCAUCAAUCGUCAGCCGAUAACUGUUCAGCAAAGAGAACUCGCUCAAAAAUAG